CUCCACCUCACAGCCGAACCCUUCCCCGUCUCACUCUCUCUCUCUCUCUCUAUUUCUCUCUCUCCCCCCACCUCCGAUCUAGGGUUUUUCACCCGUGAUCCAUGGCAGUCGACAUCCGCCACUUCGACGGCGACGAUCCCCUCGCCGACCUCUCUCCCCUUUCUCUCCUCCCUCGCACGCUUGGAGCCGCGACCCUCGCCGAACCCUCGUCCUCGAAGCCCCACGAUGCGGAGUCGUUCCAAAACCUCCUCAAAUCCGUGGCAUUGGAAGGUUCAACAGACAUUUUGGAACAGGCGCGAAUGAUCGUCCAGAGCUAUUCAAACAAUAAAAGUGUGCAUGCAGAUGCUGGAGACUUGGCUAUAGUCACGAAUGGCAAGCUUGAUAACCAUGGGCGAAGGCCCGCAUUGGGUCGUAAACGAGCUCAAUUUUCUUUGAAGCCCAUCCCAAGUCUUUCCACGCAAAAUGUAGAUUUUUCGAGCAUAGAUUGCAUCAAAGAUCCUGAAGAGUAUUUUUGGGCCGUUGAGAAGCUUGAAAAUGCCGAGAAAGAAUUGAAGAGACUGAGGGGUGAGGCUUCCACUGAUUUAGAGCAGAAUUCACAGACUACAACUACUCGUCAGCAACGUCCGGGAAUACUACGGAAGAAAGUUAGCUACAGGUAUGAUUACACUGCUGAAGUGGAUAGUUUUAGAGCUCGUGGAGUAUCACAAGAUGAAUCUCUUGAUGGAAAGGCUUCUAGCUCAUCGGAAGCUUUGACUAGCAUCAUUUCAACUGACAACAUACGUUCCAAAGAUAUUGACCGUCCUGGCUCUUCAGUAAAUGACAAUCUCUUGGAUGCAACAGAAAGAAAAGAUUCUGUCACUGAGAGGGAGAAGGAUGUCAAUGGUAUCCUAGACAAUUUACUAUCUUCAUUCAAGGAUUUGGAUGAAGAUGAAGGGGCAGCUUUAUUGAGGGAGAGCUUGCAGAUUAAAUCAAUUAACGUGGGAAAAGUACGCCUUCCAGACUUGCCUAAUAUUGGAUCAUUACACACUAAAGCUAUGAGAAGAAGCCCCAAAAUUCCAAUAUCUUCAACAAAUGCAGCUAGGAGUGCACUUGCUGCAAUUUCAACCUUGCAAAAACGUAUUUCGCCAAAAGAUCCACGAGCUGAUUUAUACACAAUGUCCCUCAAUCCUGAUGAAGCAUAUUGUAAUGAUUCUUCUCCAAGUAUUGUAGGCCGAGGCAAGAAAUCUCCUUCACACCCAAAAGGCCAUGGUAGUAGGGUUCUGACUUCUGGUGAUGCCUCUACUUCUAUAAUGGUAAAUGGAGAAAAAUCAAGUUUGCUUGGAAAAUUGUCUGUUCCACUUUCUCAGGCAGAUAGGGUGAUCAAUAAGGUCACGACUGAAGAAAAGCUAACAAGUUCCCCGUGCACACCUCAGCAUAGCACAGAGCAUAGCUACAAGGAAGCUGAUAAUAACAAGUCUAUAUCUACUGAGCUUGGUGGCCGUAUAGACGAACAGGUAAAUGAUAUGAAGUUAGAGGCUUUAGUCGCUGAUCAUCCAACUAGGGAAGUUGAAGAGCCAUCUUUUAGUUAUAUGAAUAUUGAUGGAACAGAAGGCUUGUCUAGUCCAGGUGGUGAAAAUGGUGUUCCAGUUAGGGUUACUGGCGAAACUACUACUAAUGAGAAUGAACACAGAACUGAAGGUGCUUCCAGAGAGAAGGUAAACGUUGCUGAACAAGAACCGGUGGCAAAUGACGAAGCUUCUAAAGAUUAUUCAAGUCAUCAAGUGACUGUCCAUCAAAUGGAUGCACGAUCAGAUAAUCCACCUAUUGUCUCAGAUGAAAAUAAUGAGGUGCAGGUUCUCCAGGCAGUUUCUGAAGCAUCUCCUAAUAGAGCAAGGAAAGGAAAAACAUUGCAGAGAAAACAAAACAAGGCAAAGUUGAAUUCAAGAAGACAAAGUCUUGCAGAUGCUGGUCUCUUGUGGAAAUCUGGUGUAAGGCGAAGCACUAGAGUUAGAUCAAGACCUUUGGAGUACUGGCGCGGGGAAAGAUUUCUGUAUGGACGUAUACAUAAUAGCUUGGCAACAGUCAUNGGGAUCAAAUCUUUCUCUCCCGACAAAGAUGGUAAGGAGCCAGUCCUGAAGGUGAAGUCCUUUGUCUCUGAUCAAUAUGCUGAUCUUGUUGAGCGUGCAGCGCUCCAUUAAAUGAUGCUUCUAUUUCCAAAUGAAUAUAUACUUGCUUUACUUGUUGUAUGGAUAUACUAGCUGUUCUGUUACCUACUGUUGUAAUCUGCUUGGGCCAUGAUUUAAGGUGAUCCCUCUUGAACAGCUAUAGUGGCUCAGUUUUUAAUCCAAUCCAAUCAACAUAUUGCAAUCUAGGGAUUGGGUCUGUUGAAAUAUGCACUUUUUUUACGUAAUAUACGUAAACUGAUUAAUAUACACUUUUUUUUUUCUUGCCUUA